UCGAGGUUAGCAGAGAGCAGCUUAUACUUUUAUCUCCCUUAGCAACAACAACGACAACCCUGUCUCCUUCGUACCCUGUUUUUUAACUUACGGACUGGACUCCCUUCUUCUAUUACCACUCUCUCUAUUUAUCCAUGUCUUUGUGUGUGUGUGUCAGCUAAUGUCAACCUGAGACAUUUUCAGCGAUCGCGUUUUGCUAACUUAGCUUAGCUUAGCUCGGCUAACCCCGUUGCUAACCCUCCUCUUCUUCCUCCUCCUCCUCCUCUUCUUCUUCUAAAAAAAAAAAAAAACUUGACACUGGCUUUGUUGAAACUAGUGUCAUCAUAGCCAUGUCCGGGCAGUCGUCGGGGUCGGGCUGUAAGUUUGUGAUGUCGGUGGUUGUGCACGGAGACUCGGCUCUGAACGAGCAGGAGAAGGAGCUGAACCAACGGCUCCGGAGGCUUUACCCCGCCGUCAGCGAGCAGGAGACGCCGCUGCCUCGCUCCUGGAGCCCGAAGGAUAAGUUCAGCUACAUCGGUCUCUCCCAGAACAACCUCCGUGUUCACUAUAAAGGUCACGGUAAAACCCCUAAAGAUGCAGCAUCUGUACGGGCCACUCACCCCAUCCCAGCCGCCUGCGGUGUCUACUACUUCGAGGUCAAGAUCAUCAGCAAAGGCAGAGACGGGUACAUGGGCAUCGGCCUCUCAGCUCAGGGCGUAAACAUGAACAGACUCCCCGGUUGGGACAAGCACUCGUAUGGUUACCACGGAGACGACGGCCACUCCUUCUGCUCCUCUGGCACCGGGCAACCUUACGGACCCACGUUUACAACAGGCGAUGUGAUCGGCUGCUGCGUUAACCUCAUCAACAACACCUGCUUCUACACAAAGAACGGCCACAGCUUAGGUAUUGCCUUCACAGACCUACCACCUAACUUGUACCCGACCGUGGGCCUUCAGACUCCGGGGGAAGUUGUGGACGCGAACUUCGGCCAGCAUCCCUUCGUGUUCGACAUCGAGGACUACAUGCGCGAGUGGAGGACGAAGAUCCAGGCUCAGAUCGACCGCUUCCCCAUCGGAGAGCGCGAGGGCGAGUGGCAGUCCAUGAUCCAGAAGAUGGUGGCUUCCUACCUUGUGCACCACAGUUAUUGUGCCACAGCUGAAGCUUUUGCCAAAUCCACUGACCAGGCCGUGCACGAGGAGCUGGCCUCCAUCAAAAACCGACAGAAGAUCCAGAAGCUGGUGUUGUCGGGUAGAAUGGGCGAGGCCAUCGAGACCACCCAGCAGCUCUACCCGAGCCUCCUGGAGAGGAACCCAGACCUUCUCUUCAUGCUCAAGGUGAGACAGUUCAUCGAGAUGGUGAAUGGGACGGACAGCGAGGUGAGGUGCCUCGGAGGUCGCAGCCCAAAGUCUCAGGACAGUUACCCCGGCUCCCCUCGGCCCUUCAGCAGCCCCAGCCACAAAGCCAGCAGCUCCCAGCCCUACCUCACAGGGUUUGACAGUAACUGCUGUAAUGGUGUGACGUCUAAUAAGAUCCACAGCUCCUCUCCUCACAGUCACAAGCCCUGCCCCCCCGCCUCCGCCUCCACUCUCCCAGCGUCUGAUAUCAGCCUCAACGGGAGCCGCAGCCAACAGACUCUAACCAGUAACGAUGUGGACAUGGAAGUCGACCACUUCACCAACGGAGUGACAGAAUCGUCCUCCAAUGGUUUCCUCAACGGCAGCUCCAAACACACCGCCGAGCCCGACGACUGUGAUGCAGACAUGGAGGUGGAGUCCGCUCAGUCCAAGAGGCAGCUGUGCGGCGGCAGCCAGGCCGCCAUCGAGAGAAUGAUCCACUUCGGCAGGGAGCUCCAGAGCAUGAGCGAACACCUCCGCAGAGAGUGCGGCAAGAACUCGGCCAACAAGAAGAUGCUCAAGGACGCCUUCAGCCUGCUCGCCUACUCGGACCCCUGGAGCAGCCCCGUCGGAUACCAGCUGGACUCCAUUCAGAGAGAGCCGGUCUGCUCCACUCUCAACAGUGCAAUAUUAGAGACUCACAACCUGCCGAAGCAGCCCCCUCUGGCCCAGGCCGUGGGCCAAGCCGCCCAGUGCCUCUCCAUCAUGGCACGGACUGGCAGCGGCUCCUGCGCCUUUGCCUCUGUGGACGAUUACCUGCACUAGCCCCGUAUAAAUGCACACACACACAUAUAUAAAUAUAUAUAUCUCUACACACACACACACACACACACACACACAGACUGAGGACCUGUCCAGAAGCGGCUCCUUCCGCCUCCUCCAUCAGUUGUAGUCCUAUUAGCCGAGGAGACGUUCCUCUGCACGAUUAAACGUAGUAGAAAGUUAACCACCUCACUCGCUUCCUGUUCAGCUUUUACCGACCGACACGAACACCAAAGGAUCAGAGUCCCUUUUGGACGGAGCCUCAGAGCGCCAACACACACACACACACACACACACACACACACACACACACACACACACACACACACACACACCACAUACAUUUAAAAAAGGAGACACACACACACACACUCACACAGCACCUCCCUUUCCAUCGUAAAUAUUAAAAUAACGCCUCCACCUUGGUUGGCCCGCUCCCCCCCCCUCAUUCCCCUGCACCACCUCCAGCCCACCGAGGCUGCGUCUGCAUCGCUCUGGCUGACAGCGGGGAAUCCAGCCAAGAGUAGCCGACUUGAAAAAUACUUCGGAGAGCCGAACUCGUGUGGAUCCACAACCCACCCGCCAUGAACCCCACCGGGGUGGACAGUCUGGCAACCCCUCCUCCUCCUCUCCUUGCCCCCGCCGCCUCCUGUCAAAGAAAAAUGUAAAAAAACAAAGAAAAACAAAAAGACGAGAGACCGCCCUUUAACGUGGUCCCUGUAAUCCGGCUCACAUAGAAAACACAAAAAGAAGCGAGGAAACUGAGGCCGACGCAAAAGGCUCCAUUACAGACAGCCUA